AUGCCAUAUAUCAUCGGACUCAACAGUGGCUCAUCUUUUGAUGGCAUCGAUGCAGUGCUCUGCAGCAUAGAAUUCGCCCCUGAUGGACAUCCAGCACGGCCAAAAUUCCUCAACGCCUUGACUGUCAACUGGCCCGAGGAGCUGCAGCCCCUGAUCAUGCGAGCCUUCGAGAACGAAUUAUCACUCUUCGAAAUGACUCGAGUCAAUUACGCCGCCGGUGCAGUCUACGCCGAGGCAACCAACGCCCUACUGGCCAAGGCCGGUCUCAAGCCCGAAGAAAUUGCUGUUGUCGGCUAUGAUGGUCAGACUGUGUAUCAGGAGCCCCCCGAACAAUCCAAGAUCGCUGAAUAUUGUGCCGGCGGGAACCAGAGUUUGGUCGAGCGUUGGACGAAAUUCGGAUUUCCUUGCGGGUUUUUCAUUGCUGAGUCUGGCGUUGUCGCUGCGCUGACCAACAUUACCACCGUGACACAAUUCCGCCCUGUUGAUCACGCCCUCGGUGGUUCCGGUGCCCCCUUGAUGCAAUACCUGGAUUUUGUGGCAUUCCGCAACGAUGGCCCCACUGUGACGUUGAACAUAGGUGGGAUAGCAAAUCUCCAGCUUGCCGACGCAGACCGCAGCAAAAUGAUGGCCUUUGACACAGGUCCAGGCAAUGUGAUGAUCGACCACGUCAUGAAGGCUCGUCUGGGAAUGAGCUAUGAUAAAGAUGGAGAGACUGCUGCCAAGGGCCAGAUUAUUCAGCCCUUGCUUGCUGAGCUACAAUCUAACCACUUUUUCUCCCGGAAGCCCCCCCGCUCGGCCUGGCGUCUGGACUUCGGUUCUUCAUACGCUGACCAAAUUCUCGAGCAGUACGCCUCAGCUUCCACCGAGGAUCUGGUUGCGACCUUGACAAUGUUCACUGCCUCCAGCAUUGAACGCGCUCUGGUGGAUUUCGUCCUUCCUAAAUCGCAGAUCACUAAGAUUAUUGCUAGUGGCGGAGGAACACGGAACACAACCUUACUACGGUUUAUUCGCCAACGAUUGGCCCCUCGUGGGAUACAAACAUGUCUGAGUGAUGAAUUUGGAUUGCCGGCGGCGUAUAAGGAGGCAAUCAAGUUUGCGACCUUGGCAUUUGCUACUACUCACAAUCUGGCAAACAAUAUUCCUGCAGCGAGCGGUGCCUCGUUGUUUGCUGUGUUGGGCAAGAUGACUAUGGCACCCCGUGUGGCUAUCUCCGAACCACAUUGUGUCAAUGCUGAACAAGGAACGAAAACAGUAUAG